AUGGAUACAUCAAGACAGUAUAAUAAUUAUCCUUAUCGCCAAGAUACGCUACAACAACAACAACCACUUAUACCUACAAAAGAGAUAUAUCAGUAUGACGCACCAUGGUUAAUAUAUGCUCUCGAUUGGUGCAAGACACCUAUUGAGCAAAAAAGCUUUAGAUUGGCUAUUGGUAGCUUUAUUGAAGACAGUAAUAAUAAGUUACAAAUCAUAUCUCGUACAGACUUACUUGAUCAUGUUCCUCCUUCAAGAAAUGAUUUUACUGCAGUAGCUGAAGCUGAUUCGUAUUAUCCAAUUACUAAAGUGCUAUGGGAACCAAGAAAGACAGACGCAAGAAGUAGUGACCUUUUAGCCACAACAGGAGAUAUUUUGAGAAUAUGGGAACUUGUAGAUGAUCCAAGAUAUGGCUCAACCAAUAGUAUCACAACAAGAAAUAAUAGUAAUAGCUAUGUACAUACACCACAGCAAUUGGUCAAGAAAGCAGAACUUGUCAAUGUAAGUCAUUUCCAAUCUGACUUUUCUGCACCACUUACUUCGUUUGAUUGGAAUGAGACAGAUCCUUCUUUGAUAGUAACAUCAAGUAUUGACACAACUUGUACAGUGUGGAAUGUAGAAACCAAUCAAGCAAAGACACAGUUAAUUGCACAUGAUAGUGAUGUUUAUGAUGUCGCAUUCAUGCAUGGUUCGGCUGAUACGUUUGCCAGUGUGGGCGCAGAUGGUUCGGUUCGACUGUUUGACCUAAGAUCUUUGGAACAUUCGACCAUCUUAUACGAGACACAACCGGUGCCUAAUACUACGCCCAACAGGGUGCAUAACUCAGUUCCCUUGCUACGUUUACAGUUUAGUCGAAUGAAUUCAAACCUUUUGGCCACAUUUCAUAUGGAUUCUUCAUCAGUGCAGAUAUUAGACAUUCGUUAUCCAAGUGCACCUAUAGCAGAACUGUGCAAGAGUCAUAGUGGAAGUAUCAACUGUAUCUCAUGGUCACCUACAGAGCCUGGACAGAUAGUAACCGGAGGUGAUGACUCACAGGUACUUGUCUGGAAUAUAAAUCAGAAUGAACCAAGAAAUAGUUACUAUAAUCAUCAACCACCACGUACUAUACAAGAUCCACUCUUGGCUUAUGUGGCAGAUGCCGAAGUCAAUUCACUCACAUGGAGUAAAUCAUGUCCAGACUGGAUUGGAGUAGGCUUUGGAAAGACAGUUCAGGCCCUUCGAGUUUAA